AUGCAAGAUCAGCGGUACUCGACUUCUCCUGGGAUCCAAGACCGGUACUCGACCUCGCCUGGGAUGCAAGACCAGCGGUACUCGACUUCUCCUGGCGUGCAAGACCAGCGCUGUUCGACCUCGCCUGGAAUGCAGGAACAAUCGGGAUAUCAGAGCUCCAAUGGCUACGUGAUGUCCUCCACCGACUUGUCACGGCGGGAACCGUCGGAUUACUCGUCUUCUUCCAACUAUGGCCGGCAUUCCGAGCCUAGCCUUCCCACGUACGAGUCCCAUCAGAACCAGAGAGCACUGCCAUGGCGAGAUGAGCCCGAUAAUGGGUCAAACAGCUACUCGGCUGCACCAGUGCCUGCUGCGUUGAUUCCUGGGAUUGAUCCAAACAUCUCACAGGAGAUCGCGGUGCGUGUCAACGAAGACAGUGGUCGUCGACGGUACAACCAACAAGCGCAAAUAGAGACACCCCCAAGGGGCAGAACCAUGGAUGUCGCUCGGAGAUACGAUCAAGAUGGAUCACCGGCGAGCUACAACGCUCAGCCUCCUGCUCAUGGCAGGAGUCCCAUGACUUACACAGCAGGGCCAUCGACAUCGAGUGUUAACGUAGUGAUCAAGUCGCGGGCAUACUCGCCCAACCCACCCGUUCGUGACCCUAGUCCCAACCCGCCCCAGCAACAUCACAACCCACCCCAGCAGCAACACACCAUCCGCCGCAAAUCAGUAAGCCCCAGACCACCAUCCUCUGAUAGCCGCGCUAUGUCCAGCGUUCCUUUCGGCCCCGACAGCUACGAGGUUCUCAACCCCACCGCCGCCGCUGCUGCCAUGCACGACCCGACCGCUGCUCUGCCGGACUACGACGCAGCCACUGGCAAGAUCAUCACACACGAUGGUCGCGAAGUUGACCCCUCUGACCAUUUGCCCAUGGAAACUUGGGCACCUGAACCGGAAGCGAAGAAGCCGACACAGACAUCUCCCGCUCCUCGUCCUACACCGGGUGGUCCACAACCGCAGCCCGUAUCUUCGACCGGCCGUCGUCCUCUACGCAUCGCUGCCGCCCCCCGUCCACAAAGCUACGUCGCACCUGACUCUUUCGAUUCCCUCACUCCGUCCCCGCCUGUCUCCAACGGCCGAAAUCGCCUCCAAAAGAAACCUCCCCAUCGCAUGUCCAUCUCGUCUGGGUUCUCACCAUCAGAACCAGUCAUGUCUGGCGCCAAUGGUCUUGGUCCCGGAAGGAGGAACAGCAACGUUGGCUUAGACUCUCAGCCUCUUGCUCCCCUGCCUCCUCACCAGGACAACUUUAAUUCCCAAAGAAAUCUCCCACGAGCCUCAACUUUUGACUAUGGCGCCGGGGAGAAUUGCCACCCUUCCAUGCAGGGGACUAUUGGACGGAAUGGGCCUCCUCCUCCGGCUAAGAUCCCUUUGGCGUUGCCGCCUUCCCAGGGGUAUAAUAAUAGUAAUAUGAGCGGCGCGCUGCAGUUGCACAGCAGUAGUGCUGCCAGACGAGGAGGGAUGGAUGAUUAUGAUUAUCAUGACGGUGGGUAUCGGCAUCAAAAUGACGGGUAUGCCAAUGGUGGUGGGGUGGGUGGUGGAAGGGAGUUGAGCCUGGAGGAGGAGUUGAGGUCGAUUGAUAUUGGAACGGGGAGAUCGUCGAGGCGCCAUCAGGGGUAUGCGCAUCAGGGGCAGUGGUAA